AUGGGUAUUUCCCGAGAUUCCAUGCACAAGAGACGUGCCACUGGAGGCAAGAAGAAGGCAUGGAGGAAGAAGAGAAAGUAUGAGCUUGGAAGGCAACCUGCAAACACAAAGUUGUCAAGCAACAAGACAGUGAGGAGAAUCAGAGUUCGAGGUGGGAAUGUGAAGUGGCGUGCUCUGAGGCUCGACACAGGAAAUUUCUCAUGGGGUAGUGAGGCUGUGACCCGCAAAACCCGUCUUCUUGAUGUCGUGUACAAUGCAUCUAACAAUGAGCUGGUUCGUACUCAAACUUUGGUGAAGGGUGCCAUUGUUCAGGUUGAUGCAGCACCAUUCAAGCAGUGGUAUCUCCAGCACUACGGAGUUGAAAUUGGCCGCAAGAAGAAAACUGCAGCUGCUGCCAAGAAAGAAGGAGAGGAAGGUGAUGCUGCUGCUGCACCUGCUGCUGUCGCUGAGGAGGUGAAGAAGAGCAACCAUGUAGUAAGAAAGUUAGAGAAGCGUCAACAGAGUCGCACCCUUGACCAGCAUAUUGAAGAGCAAUUUGGUGGUGGUCGUCUAUUGGCUUGUAUCUCAUCACGACCUGGACAGUGUGGGCGUGCUGAUGGAUAUAUAUUGGAGGGCAAAGAGCUGGAAUUUUACAUGAAGAAGCUCCAGAGGAAGAAGGGGAAGGGUGCUGCUGCUUAG